AUGCAAUAUCCUUUUUUCCAAUUUCCUAACGAAUGCCAAAGAAAUGAAAUCAUUGAAAAUCCAUUUCGAAUCAUUGAACACGGUGAGCCAAAUUUUCUUCGUUAUUGUCUAGCACUGAAAAUUUUAUAUGCCAUACCGAAUCGAGAUUCCGAAUGUGAUGAAUUUAUUAGAUUUUGUCAAGAAAAUGAUCUCUUACAAUAUAUAUCUGAAUUGGAUUUUUCACGCUAUCCAGAGCAGGCUAUUCAAUUCUAUAGUCGAUCAUCUGGUUUUUCAUCAAAAAUUAUAAAUAGUACUUGUCGAGCACAAGAUCCUUUAUUAAUAUCGAAAAUUCGAUAUUAUCUUAAACAUCUUCAUGAACAAUUAACACGACUUUAUAUAGACAGUCUUUUUUGGAUACCAAAAUUUAUUACUGUCUACCGUGGUCAAAGAUUUUCAUUGAAAGAAUUUCAAAAAUUAGUUCAGUUUCAUGGAAAAACUAUUUUAACAACACAAUAUCUUUCAACAACAGGUGCUUAUAAUAUAGCCGUUGCAUUUGCUGAUAGUAAAAUUCAUCCAAAUGAAUCAUUACAGGAUGAAAUAGCAGUUAUUUUUAAAAUUUCAAUACUAACCAAAAAUAGUCGUUUAAAACCAUUUGCAUAUAUUCAAGAAUAUAGUCAUAUUAAAGAUGAAAAGGAAAUAUUAAUAUCGAUGGGAACAAUAUUUUCAUUUAUAGAUAUAUAUAAACGAGGAGAAAAUCUCUAUGAAAUAUUAUUGACACAUGAUCAAGCUGAAAAAGAAAUUGAAGAGAAAAUAUUAUACAAUGCAAUAGAAUUAUGCAGUAUCGGAACAACAAUUACCAUAGGUGCUUUUUUAAUUUCGAUGAAUAUUCAUAUUCCGUUAGACAAUGAUUUUUGUCAUCAACCAUUGACAUCAUUAUUAGAAGAAUACUCACAAUUCAAAUCAAAAAAUAUUAUCAAUUUAGGUAAACAUUUCAGAACAAGAUUUUUUUAA